UGAGAGCGGUCGAUAGAGAGAGGAGAGAGUAUGGAGUUGAUGAUGGAGAGGUAGUAGAGAGAGAAAAUCGUCUUCUACCAGGAGAGAGAGAGAGAGAGAGAGCUUCGAAGUAGUGUUUGAGGAUUUUUCUAGUCAAACUCAGCGGAGAGGAGAACUACUGGGGAAGACUGUCCGAAGGACCAGCCUCGACCCGCGAUCGGGGCGGAGUCGGAUGAUAUUUCCGAUCGGCGGCGAUCGGAGAUGCUUUUCCGCUGCGGUGGAGGUAGCGGCGGCGCCUGGAGUGCCGGCGAGGGGAGGCGGUGGAGGGGACCUGCGUGAUGAGCGGUCGCUCUGGCGGUGGUUGAGACGAGUUCAGGCGGAGGAGGCGGCGGUGUGAAAGUAGUAGGAUAAUGAAGAACAGGAAAGGCAGGAACAAUGGCUUGUUGCCGAGUUCUCUCCGGAUCAUCUCUUCGUGCCUCAAGACCGUGUCCUCCAACGCUAGCAACGUCGCUUCGUCCGUGCGCUCGGCCGGGGCUUCUGUCGCGGCUUCAAUUUCUGCUUCCUCUGACGAUCCAAAGGAUCAGGUAACAUGGGCUGGAUUUGACAAACUGGAGCUGGGUCCAACUUUAUGCAGACACGUUCUUUUGCUUGGCUAUCAAAAUGGUUUCCAAGUGCUUGAUGUCGAAGAUGCUUCUAACUUCAGCGAACUGGUUUCCAAACGUGAUGGCCCAGUGACGUUCUUGCAGAUGCAGCCCUUUCCUACACAGUGUGAUGGUCCUCAAGGAUACAGAGCUGUUCAUCCUAUACUACUUGUUGUCUCAGGGGAGAGCCCUGACACAGUAAACCGUGAUCACAACCAUGGCCUUAGUGCUGGAUCAUGCAAAGAUGGUUAUAUGGAGUCGGAAUUAGGACAUUCUACGAACACAGCUACGACUGUUCAGUUCUAUUCACUGAAGUCCCAUGCUUACGUGCAUGUUCUGAGAUUUAGGUCUGCAGUAUGUAUGGUUAGAUGCAGUCCCCGAAUAGUCGCUGUUGGUCUAGCCGCACAAAUACACUGCUUUGACGCCGUCACUCUGGAGAAUAAGUUCAGUGUUCUUACAUAUCCAGUUCCUCAGUUAGCAGGGCAAGGACCAAUUGGGGUUAAUUUUGGUUAUGGUCCAAUGGCUGUUGGUCCAAGGUGGUUAGCCUAUGCCUCUAACAAUCCACUGUCAUCAAAUACAGGCCGCCUAAGCCCACAAAAUCUCACUCCUUCUCCAGGUGUUAGUCCAUCUACUUCUCCAAGUGGUGGAAAUCUGGUGGCACGCUAUGCAAUGGAGUCCAGCAAACACUUGGCUGCGGGAAUAAUCAAUCUGGGAGACAUGGGAUACAAAACUCUCUCAAAGUACUGUCAGGAGCUACUUCCUGAUGGUUCCAAUUCUCCCGUACCUUCAAGUUCAGGUUGGAAGGUUGGGAGACAUACAGGAUCUGAGCCAGACAAUGCAGGGAUGGUAGUUAUAAAGGAUUUUGUCUCUCGAGCUGUUAUUUGCCAAUUCAAGGCCCAUACAAGUCCAUUGUCUGCAUUGUGUUUUGAUCCUAGUGGGACACUUCUGGUUACUGCCUCGGUGUAUGGGAAUACAAUUAAUGUAUUCCGAAUCAUGCCAUGUCACACGAGCAAAGGAUCAGGCUCUCAACAUUUUAACUGGAUUUCAGCUCAUGUGCAUCUUUACCGUUUGCAUCGUGGAAUGACAUCUGCUAUAAUCCAAGAUAUAUGCUUUAGUCACUACAGUCAGUGGGUUGGCAUUGUUUCAUCAAAGGGCACUUGUCAUGUUUUUGUUCUCUCCCCAUUUGGUGGUGACCCUGGGUUCCUAGGCAACAACUCCAAGGGUGAAGAAGUCUCUUUGUUUCCAUCUUUAUCUAUACCAUGGUGGAGCAAUUCGUAUUUUAUAAAUAGCCACCAGUGCUUUCAACCUCCUCCUCCUGUUACGUUGUCAGUGGUAAGCAGGAUAAAGUAUAAUGAUUCUGGGUGGCUUAAUACCGUUAGCAAUGCUGCUGCUUCUGCGACGGGGAAGGUUUUUGUGCCAUCUGGUGCUGUUGCUGCUGUUUUUCAUAAUUCAAUGUCUCAAAGCCAUCAGCAUGUCAAUGUGCGUUCUAAUGCUCUCGAAUAUUUGUUAGUUUACACUCCGUCAGGUCAUGUAAUUCAGCAUAAGCUCCUACCCUCAAUUGGGGUUGAAGCUAGUGAUGCUGGACUAAAAGCACGACCUGGUUCCUUUUUGCAAAUACAAGAGGAUGAGCUGAGGGUGAAAGUUGAGCCUGUUCAAUGGUGGGAUGUGUGUCGAAGGUCAGAUUGGCCAGAAAGAGAAGAUUGUAGGUUCACGACUACUUUUGAUGGGCAAAAUACUCCCACAUCAAAUGCUGAGGGAGAGGAUGAUUAUGGGGUUGGUCUGGCGGACAUGAAUAAAAUUGCUGUCACUAAGAAACCAAUCAAAACAGAUUUUUCCAGGUGUCGUGAGGGAUCCCAUUGGUAUUUAUCUAAUGCGGAGGUACAAGUGGGCGCUGGAAGGAUACCAUUUUGGCAUAGGUUGGAGGUUUCUCUAUACACUAUGAGUUAUCCAAGUGGCGUACCCUUUGCGGGCGGGGAGUUUGAAGUAGAGAAGCUACCAGUGCAAGAAGUUGAAAUCAAGCGGAAGGAGUUAUUGCCUGUGUUUGACCAUUUCCAUAGCGUAAAAUCUGGAUGGGGUGACAGAAGUCAUACAAUGGGAAGAUAUCCUGCUUUUGCUCCUCACGAGCUACGUCAAGUUAAAUUCCGGGUUGCAGAAGAGACUGUUAUAUGCCACUCAAAACCUUCAUCUCUUAGCUCUACUGAAAGCUCAGAUGGUGGUUCUUCUAGGAGGAUUGAGAACUUUCCCGACUUCGAUCAAGUGCACACUGAGAAGUCUUAUGGUUUUACUUGUCAGUCAGUGGAUGAUAUUUACGAUGAGAAAAGGGAAAAUUGCCUUGUCGGGGCCCCGGCGCUGCUGAUAAAGAAUUCCCUUGCUGCUACACCACAUGUACACUAUGUAGACAAUAUUACAGAUAACUGCCAUGGUUUAUCUUUGCUAGACGACCAUCUCCCUUCUCCUGGAAUCAUCCCAAGUGGGCCCGCUCCAAGUGCUGGUUCUGGCAACAGGGUUUUCGACCUAGCUGGUGAUGUCCAUAAGGAGGAGCCAGAACCUGCAGUGCACAAUAAUCCAGUAGAUUUGGGGCAGUUAUUUAAGGAGGGCUAUUGUGGAGCUGUUGAGCCUGAUGGUUCGGAUGCACUAAAUGAAGCUGCAAAUGAUGAUGUCAACAGCUGCAGCCCCCACGAGAGGGAGAAACCUGAAGAUGGAGACGAUGAAAUGCUUGGUGGCAUAUUCGCCUUCUCCGAAGAUGGUUGACCUCUUGCUUUCCCGCACAGUGUCAAAGACUUAUGCUGGUUUAGGAGAAUACCGUAUUCCAGCUUUUCACCAAUUUACUCCGUGCCAUGGUGACCGUGUCAUAUAAAGUUUAUUAUCAUAUCAAGUAAAGGCCUGCCACUUUUAUGUGAGCUUGCUCCCAUCUCUCUUCCUCUCUCUCUUUCCCUCGCCGUGUUAAUGUACAUUCUGUACAUUUCGGAAAUUCAUAGAUUUGUGGGGGGUUUACCGGGCCAGUGGUCUGAAGAAAUAUUGUUUUUGUUGGAGUGCAUCAACGUUCAAUGUUUUCUGGCCCGAGCAACCUUAAGUGGAAAUCAAAUGUUGUACAGGAAAAGGAUUGGUGUGCGGACGGGUUGUUCUGCGAGCUUGUAUUUGUUUGUUUGUUUGUUUGUUUUUUUUCAUGUGGACGAGGGAAAAGAACGAAGAUGAAUGAUAAGAGGAGCAAAAGAUAAGUGGGUAUGCUUUCAUAUACAUUUACUUGCCUGAUGCAGUGCUGGCUGCUGUUGACAUAUCGUAAUUGUAAGAAUCUAUCAGUCGAUUUGGAUGAUGUCCUCCUGUGUUGCGUCAGUUCUUGUCACAACUACUAUGCAUAUAUUGUUGGGUGGAGGAUAGUCCACCCGCCGAUCUUGGCCAUCAUGUAUCUUCGAAGACGGUUUGGAAGAUCAGAUAAGGAUGCUCCUGUCUGGCCACCGCACCCAAACCAGCACCAGGCUGGUUGCUGGAGGUCCAAGGGGAGGUGAGGUUGCCGGAGGCCUGAGACUUCUCUGGCAACAUCGUCUAUGGCCAGGGGCUGGAGGCGGAAGCCCGCAGGGGCUGCACUUGCUACACAUGCACGUGCAUGGCACGGGGCAUGCUUACUUAAAAUAUCCAUAUGCCAAGGACAAUAGGAUAAGUGUCUUUAUUGGCCCCGCCCACCCAUAUUCUAUCAUUAAUGCCCACAUGUUGACAAAUGUUGGUUGCGGAAUGUGGAAUUAUUACUUUGUAUUUC